CAAUCUGUUUGUAUAAAUCACUCAAAGACAACCCUUCACGAGACUUCAUUCACUCUCUCUCUCACUUAAUAAUUACCAAAAUGUUAGGCCUCACUCAUCAUUGCUUACUGCAUUUUAAUAUCGAGUUUUACAUAUUUUAAUAUUGUUGAAAAUUUUCUUUUAUUAGUUUUUAAUAUUAUUGUUUGGGGGUUAAUUUAUUUUUCUUUGCCUUAUUUUUGUUUCACAAAUAUUUCGUGAAUUAUUUUUGAUAUGUUAUUGCGUUGGCGAUUAUCUAAAUUCAUCAGGGAUAGUUUGGUCAAAUGAUGGUUCAAAAAUUUACAAUCUUUUAUUUGUGAUUUUUGAUUUGGUUAAACAAUCACUUAUGGUUAUUCUAAUCUUUAUCAAAAAUAAAAUAUUAGGUCCUACAUAUUUUUAUUUAAUAAAUAAUAUGAAGAAUCUUAAAUCGCUAACCAAUUAUAAUGUAUCACAUUGAUAUGGUAUUAGGUAUUUUAAGGUGUCAAAUAUCAAUUGCGAGUAUUGCUAUUAAGCACAGGUACCCAACACAAUACCGAUAUAGCGUGUUGUAAUUUGUAAGUAGUUAGCAGUUUCUUGUAUUAUUAAUUUAAUUAAAUUAUAUGAGACCCGAUAAUAAAUUACAAGUGCCCUUAGGAUUUAUGCAAUAAUUAUGCUAGAUAAAGUGAGUGAGUAAGUGAGUGGAGCUAACUCAUCUUAUUAUAUAAGCAAUCCCAAGCAAAGCUUUUUUCUCUUCAUUAAAUGAAUGGGAUUGUGGGGGAGAGCCUUUGCUUAGAAUUUAUGUCACUCACACAAUUUCAAUACUACAACUCUAUUCAUCACUUUCUCAAAUCCCAAGGAGAAUUUCCUAUCACUACUACUACCACUCUUAUCAGUGUUCCCAAAAUGGGUGGGAAACCUAGCAAGCAUAGUAAGAGGGGUUUAUCAUCAUCAUGUGAGAAAGGGUUAGUGAAGAAGAAGAAGAAUAACAAGGUUAAGUUUAUAAUCCAAGAAGAGAAAAGUAGUACUAAUAAUAGUGGUGAGUCUAAGUACCAAAGGGUGAUGAAAGAGCAAAGUCCAAAAGUAAUAGUUUAUGAGAAAGAAAUGAUGGCUUUUGCUUUCAAAAAGGCUGAGUGGAAACAAGAGAAGAAGAAAUUGAAAGAAGAGGUGAAGAUGUUGAAGACUUUAGUUGAUGAAAAAGAAGAUAAGAUUAGAGAAAUGGAACAACAAGGUUUGGUUGUUGCUAAUAAUAAUAAUAAUAAUAAUGAUAAUAACAAUUCUAGUGUUGAAAAAGAAUGGGCUUUUUUGGGUGCUAAUUUCUUGGUUGAUCAAAUGGAGCAAGAAAGAGCUAGAAGAGAUCAAACUAUUGAGAAAUGGAAACAACUUUAUUUGGCUAUAAAGAUGGAGCUUGAUGAUCUCAUUCAAAGGACUCAUGAAGGUGGAUUGUAUUGGAGAGCAGAAGAGGAAGACAUAGCAGAAGAGCUAAAAAGAGAGGUGCAAGCCAAAGAAGAGACCAUAAAAGAGUUGAAAUCAAAGUUGGUUUCUAUGGAACAAGAAAUGUACAAGAGGGAUAGAGAGGUUGAUAUAUUGAGGCAAAGUUUGAGAAUAAUGACUAGCAAAAAAGUGGUGCAAACAAACAAGAAGAAUUUACCCAAGAAAAAAACACUUGUCAUACAAGGUGGGAAAUUGUAAUUUCAUCAUAAUACAAAAUUGCCCAUGUUUUUAAAGAAGAAGAAAUAAGUGAGCAAAUUCAUUAGGUGAAUGAAUAUGCAAUGGAUAGAGAAAUGAAAUGAAAUUUGGAGCUUGGUUUGUACAUAGGCUAGGCAUUAUUAUUGUAUUAGCUUAGCUUUGACUAGGCCAGCCUAGAUUGAGUCCCUUAUCUUUUUUUUUUUUCUUUUGUUGUUGAUGGCUUAUGUGUUCUUUUCCUCAAUACAAGAUAGUAAUAUGUUAUUUUCAA